GUGCCAACAUGGCGGCUCAAGCUCAAGCUGGGUAUUCGUCGUAUUCCAAUGAGAUAAAGGAGAAGCUAAGUCUAUGGGAUGUGAAGGAUUCUCCUCUCGCACCAUUGUCAGAAAAGCAAAGAAAUAGUGUACUUGAACUUACUACAGUAGCAGGAAAUCGUCCUCUUUUAGACGAGUUACCUGAUGACGACUGCACUAGUUUACCUGCAAAGAGGACCUUGAGUGAAACCAGUAAAGAAGCUGCUGUGGACAUGGCAACAGUUGAUUUGGGAUCAGAAAAAAUAGAAAAUGCUCAGCAGUUUUUUGCUUGGUUUGCAAAUGUUGAAGCACAAAUGGAGGAGGAGCAGGAAUCAUCUUACAGAUCCUAUGCAGCACAGUUGCGUUCUUAUCGUGAUCAUUGUGACAGUAUUCUGAGUGAAGUGGAGUCAGCUUUGAAUCAUCUGCAGGAUCUACAGCAGAAGCACUUAUUGGUAUCCACAAAAACUGGGGCUCUUCAUGAAGCUUGUGAACAACUUCUUCAAGAUCAGACAAAGUUGAUGAACAUGGCCGAAAGCAUCAGCAACAAGUUGUCCUACUUCAAUGCUUUAGAUCAUCUUAGACAUAAACUCAACUCAUCCACGCUCUCUGUGACAAGCGAGUCCUUUGUUCCGAUGUUGGCAAGACUUGAUGAGUGUAUUUCAUUUAUAUCAAGCAAUCCUCAGUUCAAAGAAUCCCAAGUGUAUCUUGUCAGAUUCAAACAGUGCUUGAACCAGGCCCUCAAUCAAGUGAAAAUGCAUGUUGUGAAUUUGCUGAAAAAUGCCACAGCACAGGUGUUGGCAAAUAAGGAAGGUGGAAAUUCUUCUGAAAGUUCCUUUGCUUUAUUUUAUGGGAAAUUCAGGACUUGUGCUCCAAGAGUGAAGAGUUUAAUGGAACAGAUUGAACAGAGGAGUCACUUAAGUUCUGAGUACAGUUCACUUUUAGGUGACUGCCAGCAGUGUUAUCUCUCUCAGCGUUCUCAACUCCUGACUCCAUGUGUUAGUGAUGCUAUUGAUAAACUGGCCAAGCAGUAUGAAAGAAAUCCUUGUUCUCUGGUUCGUGCUGGUUGUUCAGUGUUGAUUCGCGUCUGUCAGGAUGAAUACCAGUUAUACUAUCACUUCUUCUCUAGGCCAAGUUCAGGUCUCGACUCCUUGUUAGAAAUUUUGUGCAGUACUUUAUAUGAUUCGCUGAGACCUGUAAUAAUCCACAUGAAUCACAUGGAGACACUCACUGAACUCUGCACAAUAUUAAAGGUGGAAAUGAUUGAGGAUCAUGUGCAGCAAAAAGGUGAAGAACUAGCCGCUUUUGAAGUUGUUGUUCUACAGAUGUUAGAGGAUGUACAAGAACGGCUGGUUUACCGGGCACAGGCGUACAUUGAGAGUGACAUCCAGAAAUAUUCCCCAGCACCUGGUGAUCUAGCUUAUCCAGAAAAACUUAUUAUUGGGGCAGGGGAUAAUGACAAAGAGGAAAAACAAUCUGGAGAAGAAGAGAAGAAGUCUGUUGAGUUACCAGGAGCGUUAGCGGACCUUCAGGGUAUGUGGUACCCAACAGUCAGACGCACACUGGUGUGUCUCUCAAAACUCUAUCGGUGCAUCUCGAAAGAAACAUUUGAAGGCCUUUCUCAGGAGGCUUUGUCCCUCUGCAUCCAGUCCCUUAAAACAGCAAGCUCUCUUAUUGCUCAGAGAAAGGAUUCUAUAAACGGUCAUCUGUUCCUCAUAAAACAUCUGCUGAUCCUCAGAGAGCAGAUUGCCCCUUUUGAUGUUGAUUUUGCUGUCAAGGAAAUGUCGCUGGACUUCAGUAAAAUGCGGACUGCAGCAUAUGGUUUGUGGAGUCACAGCAACAGGCUGUUUGCUCUCAGUGGCAACAAUGCAUUGCUGGAAUUUUUGUUAGAUGGAGCGCCUCAGUUAACAGAAAACUAUCUGGAUUCAAAGAAGGAUGUUGAUGUUGAACUCAGGAUUGUGUGUGAGCAGUUUAUUCAAAAUGUAUCAGAGUCUCUCAUCUCUCCUUUGUCAGCGUUCUUGACCAAGGUAACAGUGAUUAAGAAUCUUGCCCAAGAGGAAGGAAAAGAUACUAAAGCAUUCCUCAAGCAACAACCUUUUGCAAAACCAGAGAAUGUUCGCAAAGUUGUUAGUGAGACUUACAUGUUGCUGAAGUCCAAGCUCACAAGCACUCUACAAAGCAUGGCUUUGUUUUUGGCAAACAAAGACACAGAGUACAUUCUCUUUAAACCUGUCAAGGCUAAGGUUCAAGAAUAUUACAAACAAAUGAAUGACUUGGUGAUGGAAACCUACUCUGAAGAAGAUCAACAGAUCAUUGGAUGUCCAUCAAUUCAGCAGGUUUCUCUUCUACUAGCAGUAUCAUGAAAAAUGCUGAGUGGAUAAAGCACCCACAGAUCAAAAUAACUGUUUGAAAACUCCAGCUGGUUCAUUAAAUAUGAAAAUUUGAUGAGGAAUACUGCCUCAGCAAGUUGUUAAACCAGAUUGAAAAAUUAGAUAUUUAUUUAUUUAAUACCAAGAUUUCCUAUGC